GUAGAAGUUGAUAAAUUAAGAAUUGAAGCAGAAUUAGGAUAUUCUUCAUAGAAUCUAUCACCAUCCAACUUAAAGCAUCAUUUUUUUGAUCUAUAUUUUUAUGGCACAUUCCGUCAAGAUUUACGAUACAUGUAUUGGUUGCACUCAAUGUGUACGAGCUUGCCCUACUGAUGUAUUAGAAAUGACUCCUUGGGAUGGAUGCAAAGCAAGUCAAAUUGCAUCUGCUCCUAGAACUGAGGAUUGUGUAGGAUGCAAACGUUGUGAAUCUGCUUGUCCAACAGAUUUCUUAAGUGUAAGAGUAUAUCUAGGUGAUGAAACUACUCGUAGUAUGGGAUUAGCUUAUUAAACUCUUAUAUUUGAGAUAAACUGUUCAUAAGAAAAAAUCUUUUCCAUGAAAUGAAAAUAGAAUUUUUCUAUUUUCUCAACUCAAUUUAUUAAGUCCAAUCAUUUCUAUAAACAAUUGAAAAAAUU